AUGGCUCGCGCAGUUGGCAUUGAUUUAGGCACAACAUAUUCAGGUAAUCAAACUACACCCUCCUACGUGGCAUUUACAGAUAGUGAACGUUUGAUUGAUGAUGCAGCUAAAAAGCAAGUUGCUAUGAAUCCAAGCAAUACAGUAUUUGAUGCUAAACGACUUAUUGGUCGUAAAUUCGAUGAUGCAAGUAUACAAGCGCAUAUGAAACAUUGGCCAUUUAAAGUAGAUAAUUAUAAUGGAAAGCCAAAAAUUCAAGUUGAUUAUAAGAAUGAAGAAAACAUAUUUACACCAGAAGAAAUUUCAUCGAUGGUAUUCACAAAAAUGAAAGAAACUGCUGAAGCUUAUCUCGAUAAAAGAGUAUCAGAAGCUAUUAUUUCUGUACCAGCUUAUUUCAAUGAUGCACAACGACAAUCUACAAUAGAUGCUGGUGUUAUUACUGGUCUUAAAAUUUUACGAAUAAUAAAUGAACCAACAGCAGUAGCAAUAGCUUACGGUUUAGAUAAAAGAACAACAGGUGAGAAAAAUUGCACAUUGUCAGCAUCAGCUCGAACAACAAUUGAAAUUGAUUCUCUUCAUGAAGGUAUCGAUUUUCAUACAUCAAUAACAAGAGCACCAUUGGAAGAAUUAUGUGUUGCUCUAUUUCGUGCGACACUCGAACCAGUGAAAAACGCCCUACGUAAUGCAAGAAUGGAUAAAUCAAACAUUGAUGAAAUUCUAAUUGUUGGUGGUUCAACAUGA